GAAAAAAAAAUGAAAAUGGUUGCUCUUUUCUUGUUCUUCCUUGCAAGGCCCUUUUCCUUUACGACCUCAACCUCAGUAGACAAGGCAACAUAUAUUGUCCACAUGGACAAGUCUCUGAUGCCCAAAAGCUUCACCAGCCAACAAGAUUGGUAUUCCUCAACCAUUGAUUCCCUUAAAACCACAAAAUACUUCUCCUCAGACAAUGAUCAUAAUCACUCACCAUGGCUUAUUUACUCUUAUGACAAUGUUGCUCAUGGUUUUAGUGCAAUUUUAUCCCCUGAUGAGCUUGACACUCUUAAAAAAUCCACAGGUUUUGUCUCCGCUUAUAGAGACAGAACGGCAACAAUUGACACUACCCAUACUUUUGAAUUCCUUUCCCUCAAUUCUACAACUGGUCUAUGGCCUGCUUCCAAUUUUGGUGAAGAUGUUAUAGUUUGAGUCAUUGAUACUGGGGUUUGGCCUGAAAGUCUGAGUUACAAUGAUGACGGAAUGAGUCCUGUACCAUCAAGAUGGAAGGGAAUUUGUGAGGAAGGAGAAGAAUUUAAUUCUUCUAUGUGUAAUUUAAAGCUAAUUGGAGCUAGAUACUUCAACAAAGGUGUUAUGGCUGCAAAUCCUGGGAUUAAAGUUAGAAUGAAUUCUCCUAGGGAUAUUGAAGGCCAUGGUACUCACACUUCUUCAACUGCUGCUGGUAAUUAUGUUAAAGAUGCUACAUUCUUUGGCUAUGCUACUGGUACAGCUAGAGGUAUGGCCCCGCGAGCUAGAGUAGCUAUGUACAAGGUCUUAUGGGAAGAAGGCCGCUACGCCUCUGAUGUCCUUGCUGGCAUGGAUCAAGCAAUCGCUGAUGGCGUUGACGUGAUUUCUAUCUCGUCAGGCUUUGAUGAAGUGCCUUUGUAUGAGGAUCCUAUAGCAAUAGCUUCAUUUGCUGCAAUGGAAAAAGGUGUGGUGGUAUCAGCUUCUGCAGGAAAUGAAGGGCCACCUCUAGGAAAUCUGCAUAAUGGGAUUCCAUGGGUCUUGACUGUUACUGCUGGUACUAUUGAUCGUUCUUUUGCUGGAACAUUAACACUGGGUAAUGGCCAAAAAAUCACUGGAUGGACCAUGUUCCCAGCUAAUGCCUUCAUACAAAAUCAGCCACUACUGUACAACAAGACUUUUUCAGCAUGCAACUCAACUAAAUUGUUAUCUCAGGCCCCGUAUGCGAUAAUCUUGUGCGACGAUACUGGGUUUGUCUUUAAUCAAAUAAAUACUAUUGCAGCCUUGUCAAAUGUGCCUGGUGCUAUUUUCAUUUCAAACCAUACUGUGUUAUUCGAGUUAGGGGGUUUUUCUUGUCCCGGAGUUGUGAUUAAUCCUAAUGAUGCAAUAUCUGUUAUGAAAUAUGUUACAACUGAUAAGGAUCCUUCCGCUAGCAUGAAAUUCCAGCAAACCAUUGUAGGCACAAAGCCUGCUCCAGCUGCAGCCUAUUAUACUUCAAGAGGUCCUUCGCGGAGCUAUCCUGGAAUUCUAAAGCCAGAUGUCAUGGCGCCGGGUUCAUUAGUUUUAGCCUCUUGGAUUCCAAAUGACAAUUCUGCAAGAAUUGGACUGAAUAUUCCCUUGUCGAGCAAUUUCAAUAUGGUAUCUGGUACUUCAAUGGCUUGCCCUCAUGUUUCUGGUGUUGCUGCACUCCUAAAAGGUGCACAUCCAGAAUGGAGCCCAGCGGCUAUCCGAUCUGCCAUAGUUACCACUGCAAACCCAUUAGAUAAUACUCUGAAUCCAAUCAGGGACAACGGUGAAAAGUUUGCAUAUGCAUCUCCUUUAGCCAUGGGAGCUGGCCAAAUUGAUCCUCACAGAGCAUUGGACCCUGGUUUAAUUUAUGAUGCCACCCCACACGAUUAUGUGAAUAUCCUAUGCUCUAUGAAUUACACUAAAAAACAAAUUUUGACCAUCACAAGAUCAAAGAGAUACACUUGUUCAAACCCUUCCCCUGAUCUCAACUACCCAUCAUUCAUUGCUUUGUAUGAUAAUAAAACAGCAGCAGUAGCAGUCCAAAGAUUUCGAAGGACUUUAACUAAUGUGGGAGAUGGUGCUGCGACGUAUAAAGCUAAGAUAGUUGUAACGAAAGGUUCAAAAGUUACUGUUUCGCCUGAUUCUUUGGUUUUCGGGAAGAAAUAUGAUAAGCAGACCUAUACUCUUACAAUAAAGUACAGCAAAGACAAAGGAGGGAGAGUUUCAUUUGGUUCCAUUGUUUGGAUUGAGCAGAAUGGGGUACACACUGUCAGGAGUCCUAUCGCAGUCUCUCCUGCUGUGAAGUUGUGGUAAUAUGAAAGGAAAAAAAUUAUCUAAUUAUUAUAAUCAAAUAAUUUCAGUCUGCCUAAAUGCCAUUGCAGAACCUAAUAAUAAAUAUACUUUAUUA